AUGAAUUCUACUCCACUAGAAUCCCUUGAUCUUAACUGCAAUGCACGCGAUAUCGAGGAUUAUUUUGAACAUUUUGAGAUUUGGUGGUUGACCCGUUCAAAGCCCGAUAAGGAAGAGAAAUCCGCCUUCUUUUUGAAUGCUGCCGGUACAAAUGCUUACACACUAAUCAAAAACUUGGCCUAUCCUUCUCCACCCGUUUCUGUGCCGUACGAUGAUUUAAAAUCCCUCUUUCUACAGCAUGGUAUUCGUGAAUUUAUCCUGGAUUUGCUCACUCAAGCUGCAAAGUGUGAUUUUGGAGAUUUACUGAACAUGCAAUUGAAAAAUCGGCUGAUCGCUGGCAUCAGCGAUACCGUUUUGCAAAAUGAACUUCUGAAGCUGUCCAAUCCGACGUUCAAAGAUGUGCGGGUUUAUUGUGAACAAUAUCAGGACAUUCGCGCCGUUACUUCAUCCAUUCCGUCCAUCAUCGAACCUACAGCCAUGUUCAGUUCACUCAAGACUAAAUCCACGAAAGCUCAUGCUACAACCGGACAUUUCAAACCGGUUACACAAUCCACCUCACACAAUGUGACAUAUUCGGAUAAAUCCUAUGGCAAUUGUGCACCCUGUAGCAAACGUUAUUCCAGAUUCUCAUGUCGAUUUCGUUACGCUUCAUGUCACAAGUGUGGCAAAACUGGCCAUAUUCAGUCUGUCGCAGUACCAAAACCUGUCGUUUAA